UACAAAUCUGAGGUUUAAAUUGUCUCGCUUACCAUGAAUUAUUGUCAUUUCAUUUAUUCAAUAUUUUGCUUAAUAAAUAUAAGACUGUUAAGUGGUGUGUGCGGUAAAGCCAUUCAAGAGGAUUUGAAAUCUGAAGAGUUAAAUAAAACCCAUUUCGGCUAUAAAUGGGUUCCUCUGAAAACUGGGGAUAAACUUCCCGAAAAUAUCAUUUUUAUUCCACGUUCGAUGGACAGAUAUAUUGGAAGAGCCAGGCAUUUUGAUGAAAUUCUUCCAGCCGAAAUUACCUCCGACGGAUUGGGAUAUAUAUCAUCUUGCCACAUUGAAAUACAAAAAGAUCAAUUUGAAAUACUUACAACAACAGGUGGAUGCAAAUGGAACCUAUACGACUUUUAUGAAGGUUUCAAAGAUACCAUACUACGUGUUGGAACUGCCCGCAAUGGUGAACCCAUUUACAUCGGCAGGUCAGGCAGUUCUCACUAUAUCUACCAUCUUCACUCACUUUAUUUAACAAACACUACACCUUAUGUGUGGAUAAUAGAUCGAAAUCGUGGACUUGCUUAUCCAUUUACGCAAUAUCUUAGUUGUGAUGUCCAAAACAAAUGGAUUGAUACUUGGGCAAAAAAUUUACCAAACAACUCAGUUUCUGGUGGAAAAUCUGAAGAUGAUUAUGACAUUUAUGUUGCUCGAGUGAAAAUAGAUUGUGAUGUUGUUACGGGACAAGCAAUUCCAGAUAUUGGAAUAGCAAGAGCAAUUAAAACCGAUAAUGGUGUUAUUGAAUCGGACUAUUGUCAAGUUCUUGUUGGUGAACCAAACGAAUAUACUUGGGUUUCAGCUAAGGAUGGGAUAAUUCCUGAAUAUGCUGUUGUGCAUGGUAAAAAUGGACUUGAAGUUAGCUAUGUCGCGCGAUUCAAUAAGACUAUAGGGCAUUUGACACAUUCCGAAGCACUUGAAAAGCAAUUGGCUUACGAAAUUUUGGUAAAGAAUCAAUAG